CGGAAGGGGAGGAGAGAGAGAGGAAGGGAGGUGGAGUGACCGAUAAAGACCAGCGGCAACAACAACGACUAACAGCUUGAGGAAAAAUCUACAAGUAUCACUCUGCAUCCAAGAAUCUGCUUCUUCACUUCUUUUCUGGGUUUAUAUUCACGACUUUCCAAGGAAAAUCUGGGAGGGAUCUAGGAAGUGUGACCUACUUUUUCUUCUCCAUUUCUCUUCCAAUCAAAAUGUCUGCUCCAGGGUAUCCAGGCUCUCCCAAUCCUCCUUACCCUCAACCCGGCGGCCCAGGUGCACCACCUUAUCCAGUUCCAGCAGGGGGCUAUGGAGACCCAAGCUAUGCACCUCAACCAGGCUUCAAUGUUGGCUACCACCAGGACCAGCCUCCUGUUAUGUACCAACCGGGCCCAGUUCCAGGUCAAGCACCGGGUUAUGGCGGCCAGUCAAUGGCGAUCGCUCCAGCUCCAGCGUCGGUUCCUGUGGGUGUCCCACCUGGGCUGGAGUACCUGACACAGAUUGACCAGAUCCUGAUCCACCAAAAAGUUGAGCUCCUAGAAGGUAAAUCCCUCAGACUUUAA